AGCCCGGUGCUCUGCCCACGGUAAGCGCUCAAUCAAUACGAUUUGAUUGAUUGAUGGAGGAGGUUAGCGCGCCUCGCCUCCACCCCCGUCCUCACCCCCAGGCCUCGUCCACGCCGCGCCCCUCUCUCCAACCAUCAUCAUCACCAUCAAGCGUAUUCAUUGAGCGCUUACUACGCGCAGAGCACCGUCCCGCGUAGGAGCGCGUCCCGGCCGGCCGGGCCCAUGGAGAAGAUGGCCAGGGUCACCGCGGCCCCGGGGGGCAACGCCAUCACGGGCCGGACCAUGUUCUGCCACCUGGACGCCCCGGCCAACGCCAUCGGCGUGUGCCGGGCCGCGGCCCAGGUGGUGGUGGCGGGCCGGAACAUCUUCAAGAUCUUCGCCAUCGAGGAGGAGCAGUUCGCCGAGCGGCUGAACCUGCGGGUGGGCCGCAAGUCCUCGCUGAACUUCAGCUGCGCCGACGUGGUGUGGCACCAGAUGGACGAGAACCUGCUGGCCACGGCGGCCACCAACGGGGUGGUGGUCACCUGGAACCUGGGCAAGCCCUCCCGCAACAAGCAGGACCAGCUGUUCACGGAGCACCGGAGGACCGUCAACAAGGUCUGCUUCCACCCCACCGAGGCCUACAUGCUCCUCAGCGGCUCCCAGGACGGCUACAUGAAGUGCUUCGACCUGCGCAAGCGGGAUUCGGUCAGCACGUUCUCGGGCCAGUCGGAGAGCGUGCGGGAUGUGCAGUUCAGCCUCCGCGACUACUUCACGUUCGCCGCCACCUUCGAGAACGGCAACGUGCAGCUGUGGGACAUCCGGCGGCCGGACCGCUACGAGAGGAUGUUCACCGCCCACAACGGGCCCGUCUUCUGCUGCGACUGGCACCCCGAGGACAGGGGCUGGCUGGCCACGGGCGGGCGCGACAAGAUGGUGAAGGUGUGGGACAUGAGCGCCAACCGGGCCAAGGAGAUCUACUGCGUGCAGACCAUCGCCUCGGUGGCCCGGGUGAAGUGGCGGCCCGAGUGCCGGCACCAGCUGGCCACCUGCUCCAUGAUGGUGGACCACAACAUCUACGUGUGGGACGUGCGGCGGCCCUACAUCCCGGCCGCCAUGUUCGAGGAGCACCGCGACGUGACCACGGGCAUCGCGUGGCGCCACCCGCACGACCCCUACUUCCUGCUGUCGGGCUCCAAGGACAGCACCCUGUACCAGCACGUCUUCCGGGACGCCAGCCAGCCGGUGGAGCGGGCCAACCCCGAGGGGCUCUGCUACGGGCUCUUCGGCGACCUGGCCUUCGCCGCCAAGGAGACCCUCGUGGCGGCGGCGGCGGCGGCGGCGGCGGACGCCGGGCGCCGGCCCUACCCGGGCGACCGGCGCCAGCCCAUCUUCUUCAAGCGCCGCCUGGACCCGGCCGAGCCGUCCGAGGCCGUCUCCUCCAGCGCCCUGAGCGUCUUCGAGACGGAGCCCGGCGCGGCCGGCGCCGGCGUGCCCUGGUUCGUGGAGACGGCCCGCCGCUACGCCCUGGCGGGCCGGCCCCUGGCCGAGCUGUGCGACCACAACGCCAAGGUGGCCCGGGACCUGAACCGCAACCAGGUGGCCCAGACGUGGACCAUGCUGAGGAUCAUCUACUGCAGCCCCCCGGGCCCCGGGCCCGCCGCCGUCAACCUGAGCCACAGCCUGGGCAAGGGCAGCGGCGGCCUGCCGCUCCUCAGCAGCUUCAACCUGAAGGACCUGCCCGCCGGCCUGGGUGGCGAGGCCCGCCUGGACCGGAGCAAAGGGGAGAACCGGAGCGAGAGCGUCUUGCUGGACUCCUCCACCACCCUCAUCGCCAACGACGAGAACGAAGAGACGGAAGGCAGCGACGUCCCCGCCGACUACCUGCUGGGCGACGUGGACGGCGAUGAAGACGAGCUGUACCUGAUGGAUCACGAGAACGCCCCCGGGGAGGAGGCGGCGGAGUACGUGCUGCCGCAGGAGGCCUUCCCGCUGCGCCACGAGAUCGUGGACAACCCGGCCGGGCCCGACCAGCUGCAGGACAAGGCCGACUCGCCCCACGUCAGCGGCAACGAGGCGGAGACGGUGUCCCUGACGCCCGUGGAGUCCUUCUCGCUCAUCUCCAUCUCCCACGCCCCGUACGAGAGCCGCCUGCCCCCGGACUUCUUCGGCCCCACCGUGCGCGCCAUGCUGCGCUUCUACGCCGCGCAGGGCGACGUGCAGACGGCCGCCUCGGUGCUCAUCACGCUGGGCGAGCGCGUCCGCAGGGAGAUCGACGAGCAGACCCAGGAGCACUGGUACACCUCCUACAUCGACCUGCUGCAGCGCUUCCGGCUCUGGAACGUCUCCAAUCAGGUCAUCAAGCUGAGCACGUGCCGGGCCAUCACGGGCCUGAACCAGGCGUCCACCACCCUGCACAUCAACUGCAGCAACUGCAAGCGGCCCAUGAGCAACAAGGGCUGGAUCUGCGACCGGUGUCGUCAGUGCGCCAGCACGUGCGCCGUGUGCCACCACGUGGUGAAGGGCCUCUUCGUCUGGUGCCAGGGCUGCAGCCACGGCGGGCACCUGCAGCACGUCAUGAAGUGGCUGGAGAACAGCUCCCACUGCCCGGCGGGCUGCGGGCACCUCUGCGAGUACACCUGAGCCCGGGACCGGAUCGGGGGGAUCCCGUCUGGGACCCCGGUUAUUGGGGACCGGGCCUGCUGGGGAAGGAGAGAGAGUGUGAAUGUGUAUGGGUUUCUUUUGGGGUGGCUUCCCCUCAUCACCACCUUCCCUUGAUCCUAAAUAAAGGC